GGCUGCAGAUCUUCCACCAAUCAGAGGAUGGAAGAAAAAAAAAAACAGCAGCUUGGAUGGCAGUUGGCUGAUUUUGAAGCCAAUGAAAUCGCCGUAGGGGGCGGGUCAUAAUAGGCCUCGCCCACGUGGGGUUAUUAUUGGUCAGCGGCAGUGCGGAGGAGGAGUGACUUGUGGUGGCUCAGUGAAGAUCCAUAUAGGAAGCAGUACAAGCUCUGGCCGUCCGUCAUCUAUGUAUCUGUAGGCAGAAACAGAAGGGCAACAAAUAAGAGCCUCAAAUGCCUUGUCGGAGAAACGUUUUCUGAUUGGUCGGUGCGGUUGUCAAUAACGGGCUGGUGGCCGUGUUUUGAUGACGUCACCUGGUCAACCUGUGUGAGCGAAGGGGGCGGGGCUGACCCUGCUCAGAGGAAAAAGAGAUGAGCAGUGCGACGCUACAGCCUAGGAUGCUGAACAGUCCCUUGGCUGGAUCUUCUAAAGGUGCACAGUCCGGCACUUCGUAUAUCUCUUACCCCAAUGGAAGGCCAUUCAUAAAUUCUGAUUUCCAGAGAUCUCCAGACCGACCAGGUCAUGCCUACCCAGAGAGCAAUGGCAGAGCAAUUAUCUCCGCUUUAAAGAAUCUUCAGGAAAAGCUCCGGCAGCUGGAACUGGAUCGAAAGAAAGCCGAGGAGAACAUAAACCAACUGGAAAAGGAGUCUUUGGAUUAUAGGCAGCACCUGGAUGAGCAAAGACAGUCCAAGGACAGCCUGGUGGACGACGUGUCCAGAAAGAAUAAAGAUCUCACCAGACAGCUUUUGACGGCACAGUCCCGAUGCAGCUUUUUGGAAAGACAGCUAGAAUACAUGAAGAAGACGAUACAGAGUGCAGAGAGUGAAAAGAAAUCUGUGCUCCAGACACAGGUGACCCUUGAAAGUGAUAAAGCACUUGAGAAAAUUAAUAUGCGAGAAAAGGUAGAUAAACUGGAACAAGAAUACUUGAAGCUUACAACAAUACAAGUUGUGUCAGAGAACAAAAUUCGGGACAUUGAGCAGAAAUUAAGAGAAGAGGAACACCAGCGGAAACGGAUUGAAGAGAAAGCAACACAGCUGCAAUCAAGUCUGGAAACCAACAGAAUUCUUUUUAAAUCUUUAACAUCACUCCCAAAAGAUGCAAAGAGCGCAAAGCCCACCACUUAUACUGAGAAGAAGGCCAGCUCAUUAAGCCAUAGCAGACAGACACAACCCCACUACAGGCUGAGCCUGGGAGAUGUUCCGUUUGUGGCAGGCAAGUCAACGGCUCCAAGCCACUCAGUGGGUGCAAAUGUACAACAUGUUCUGCAUCUCAUGAAACAGCACAAUAAGGUCCUAUGUAAUGACCGUGUGGUCAGUGACCAGCCUAUAGACAGCAAAAUGUAUGGGGUGCAAUGGAAGAACGAUACAGAUUCCAGAACCUAUCGGGACCUCUCUGAACUUUUACUUACUCUAGAAGAUGAGUUUGGCCAGAUGAGCUUUGACCAUCAGGAGCUUCUGAAGCAGAUUCAUAAAGCAAAUUCCGACCGCCUAAAAACGGAUCUUGAAUAUGAAUUGGCAGCUGUAGUGAGGAGAAUGGAAGCAAAAGCUGACCAGAUAACCAAAGUACGCAAACACCAAACAAGGCUUACAAAAUUACUGAGGGAAUCGAGACCGAAAAGAGAGCAAUCCACCCAAGCCUUGAAGUCUCACCAACGCGGAAAGGAUAAACCACCAGCAAAGAUCCGUCAGGGUAGAGGCAGUCCGGGGGAGAAGAGCAAAAAGAACCUCCAGUUAUUACGAGACAUGCAGACUUUACAGAGUUCUCUGCAACGGGAGGACCUGCACUGGAGCUAACCGUCUUCCUGACAACCUUUACAUCUCAGGGACCAGAACAUGCCGCAUAUGGCUGACUUUCUUCCAUACCUAGUGGUGAAUGUGCGGCUCAACCAUUUUGUCUUGGUUUCAGGGAGAGGACCAACUAAGCACCGAUUUCUAUGAAUGUAUUUAUAUUUAUGUGUGCAUACAAAUACAGAAUCUGCUCUGUGGUACUUUU